CUCCUUGCCAUCAACUUUGACUCAGCUAGCCGCGAGAUCCCUUGCUGGAUAUCAAGGGGCAUGCCAAGAUAGCAGCAAAAGCAACCUCUAUCUUUGCGAUCCUUGCAGAGGCUCACUUGAGUGAUCGUAGGGCUUGUUCCUGCAUCGCAAGGAUGGUCCUCCUCGAGCUCUCAGCGCAGACGCGCUCUCUCCUCCUCAAUGCUCAAGAUGGUCCGGGGCCUUCAUCACUACCAGACGUCGUAGAUCACAGCGUCCUCGUCUCUGCGCUCUCUAGUAUUGACAAGUCCUCCACAAGUAGCUCGCGAACCGCAUCCCUCGACUCCCUCCUCCGAGGCUGCAAGCUACACCACGCACCUCCGCGCACCUCCUCCUACGUUCGUCCUCCAGAGCUGGACGCUCGUCUUGCCCAAAUCAGGCGCCAGAACGAAGAAGAAGAGUAUCGUCGCAUGCUCAGCGGCGAGUCUACCAGCCACAAUAGCAUUCAUUCCUCUAAAGCCGGCCUCUUCAACGAGUCCGACGACUGGCGGGAGACCUCCUCUCACCUGUCUGCCCUUCUCAACAUCCUCUUCUCCUGCGUAGGCGUCGUCUGCGCAUUAUGGUUCUGCUGCGCACAGAUUGGUACGGCGGUGGAAGUGAAAGUGCUACUUUGCAUGCUCAGCGGGACAGUAGUUGUGGCGGCGGAGGCGUGGCUGUAUGCUAGGCAUUUUGAGAGGGUAAAGAGAAAGGAGGAGGAAAGGCGACGGGCAAGCUAUCACGCUGCGAAGUUCAAAUAAUGAGAUUUGAUG